AUGGCGCAAGCUAGCGAUUUUAAGGCCAGGAGCUUCCUGGGAUUCAUGUCCAUCAGGGCGGGCCUCGUCGUCGUCGCAUUUAUUCAGGUUUUGACUGGGAUAUCGCUGUACUUGGCAUUGGCGUACCUUCGGCCUAGUCUGCAUGGUGCAGCAUACUUUAUGCUGCUCACGAACAUUGUCAGCUCUCUGCUUGGAAUGUGGGGCCUCUGGCGGCGGAACCAAUGCAUGGAGAUAAUAUACCUUGCAACAUUUCUUGUCUGCUUCUCUUUCUUAGUUAUCACCGUCCUAAGCUUUACCAACGUGGCUCAAGCACUGCCGAAGGCACCUGUCGGCGUCAGCGAAGGUUUCAAGGAGCUCGACACGCUGCCCCAUUUCCGGAACCGGAUAACCAUGCAGCCUUCCGCCGCGGUGGAACACGCCAUGCUUAUUCAAAUUCUACAGCAUUCUAAACUUCCGGCCUUGAAGAUGCCCGAAAUCAGCAUUCCGCCUCUCCCAAAGAUGCCUGAGAUCCCUAAAUAUGAUGAUAUUCCUUUUGUACCCCAUCUCAAUCAGACUGAGGGACAGACCGAAGAAGUCAGUGCGGACGAGCUUCCCCCCGAGUAA